GCUUUCCAGCUCGUCUGCUAAAGUUGUGUUUUUCACUUCCAACUCGCUAUUUAAAAAAAAUGGAAGCGGCUAAUACGUGUGCAAAUUUUUUCAAGUUCGCAUUCUUUAUCUUAUUCUUUCAAAUUAGCUUCAUUAAUGCCAAGGGUACUACCUAUGUGACCUACAAUUCAGUUGUUAAAUUGUUAAAUGUAGAUUAUAAUGUAAGGUUGCAUUCUCAUGAUAUUCAAUAUGGCAGUGGGAGUGGACAACAAUCUGUGACAGCAAUAGAAGCAAAAGAAGAUGGCAAUUCAUACUGGCUAGUUAAAGGUCCCACGGGAAAGCAAUCCAUUAGAGGUAAGCCAAUUAAAUGUGGAGAUGUUAUACGUUUUGAGCACACAACAACAAAAAAAAAUCUUCACUCUCAUCAUGUAAGCUCACCUCUCAGUGGAAGGCAAGAAGUUUCAGCAUAUGGAAAUCAGGGAGAGGGUGAUACAGGUGAUCACUGGACAGUUGUAUGCCCAGGCACCCAUUGGGAAAGAGACGAAACAAUUAUGUUCAAACAUAUAGAUACUAAUGCGUAUUUGGCAGUUACUGGGCGAACGUACGGUUCACCAAUCUCAGGUCAAAAUGAAGUAGUAGGCGAAUAUUCAACCAAUAGCUAUUCAAAAUGGCAGGUCAUGGAAGGGCUUUUUAUACAUCCAAAUGACUUUAUAUCACAGCAUAAUAAACAUAUUGAACUGUAAUAACAUGAAUAUCCUCUCUUUUUUUGUUGGAAAAGAUUUCUCUGAGCUGGGUUAUUUUUUCAAUGUGUUAUCGUGCGAGUGCUAUGUAAAUAUAUGUGCGCUAUAGCAAAACAGAAAAUUUUAAUUAUUUGUAGCAUACAGAAAAUAAGUUGACAUAUACUUUGAUUUAAGAGGAGACUUCGAUGAAAGUUACAUAAAUGAAACAUGCGAUUGUGGAUGAACUACACAUGUGAUUUAAUUGAUU